UGUAUUGUACUCGUAUGUACACCUUGAAAUACUUUGUAUUGUGCUCACCAAUACAGGUUUGCUUACCUGCUUAUUUACUUAACUACUUACUUACUGACUGACUGACUUACUUACUUACUUGCACACACACACACACACACACACACACACAGUCAAGUCUUGCCUCGUGUUGUCUUGUCAAAUGGUUUGGCCACAACACACGUGCCAUGCCGUGUGCCACAGUGUCUCUUACUCCCAUCCACCUCUUUGUCUUGUCCCCACAUCCCGGUGCUCACGCCGGCCACUUCAAGGCUCAACUCCCUCCCUCCCGCACUCAGCCUUGCAGGCCACGUCUCUCCUGCCCUGCUCCUCACUCGGGAAAUUUCUUUGCAGGCUGCUGGCGAGAGGAACUGCCGUCCCAAGCCCUCCACCAUGGCCGCCGCUCCGAAAGUUUGCGUCCGUCGCAUUAAGCUUAUCUGUCUCAUGGAGAACGCAGGCAAGGACGUCUUGACCUUCGUGUUGAAGCGCGGCGCGCUGAACGCCCCCGCCACGCCGCCGGGCCAGUCCCUCACUGAAUACCUUGACAACCUCCCUCAAGGCUCGACAGCCAACUAUGGAAGGAUGAGCAAAAAACAAAAGAAAGCAGCAGUGAACCACACCGACCGCCGCCAAGCACAACGCUUCCCUUUAUGGGACAAUUUUGACGUGACUUUGCUCUGCAAAGCAAUAAAGCUGACGUGCGAAGGCCUGGCGAGAGAUGGCGAUCCCGAAUGGGGGAACCAGAACACCCUGGAGGGAUUGGUAACGAAAAUCAAGGAUGAGCGGAAUGAACUCUUUCAUGAAGUGAAAUCUUUCAGCGAGGCAGAGUACCAGCACAAAGUCAACGAGUUAGAACACCUCUUUAUCCGAGUCCUCGCCGCAGCCAAGACCAAAUACUGCAUUCCUGACGCAGAGGUGACACCCGUGCAGGACAACGCCCGGCAGGUCACUGAUACCUUCAGAAAAACAGGAAUGGAGAAAGAAAUUUUAAAAGAUUAUUUCAGUAUCAUGCACCAAGAAUUUCUGAGAGACAGUCAGACCCACCUCAAAACAUCCUAUGAUCGAGUGCAAACCUUUGAUCCUCUGUCCUUCCUUACCAACUCCCCAAAACACCACCAUCACAUCCAGGACAUUUUCUGCAAGAUGUCCCUCGUGGAAGGAAGAGGACACCUCCAACAGAGGCGAGACAUCGACACUUGCGACGUGCUGACGGUGACGCGCCGCGCGGGACAGAAUCCACAGCCGUCCACAUCCUCAUCGGCCACGCCGCCCACGCACGGCGCCAAGCCACAGCUCAUCCUGAUCAGGGGCGUGGCAGGAAGCGGCAAAACGACCCUGCUCACCUUCCUUGUCUCAGAGUGGCUUCAGGAGCCCGGCGCCUGCACCAUCAAACACCUGGACGAGUACGACAUCGUGGUGCGUGUCUUGUGCCGCGAUAAUGAAGGCCCAUCUCUCCAGAACUUCCUCAAAGUGAUCCUCCCAAACCAUUUUGCUGUGAUGGACGAACACCUCAUCCCCCUCCUACAACAAAGCAAAGUUCUCUUCCUGAUUGACGGCCUGGACGAACUGUCGCCAGGCAGUCCAUCACACAGCCUUGUGAAGGACAUCCUCUACAUAUCGAAAUACUCGCCAGGCUUCACACUCGUCUGCACAUCGCGUCCCGAAACAGUGCAAGACUUCCUGGCCAAAUUACCUGAUGGUUAUGAGGUGUGGGACAUGGAGAUGAAAAGUGUUAGCCAUGAACAAAGAAUUCAUUUUGUCAUGAAGCAUUACAACAGCUUCCCAGACAAGGGGGACAAAGACCCUGAGAGGCUUGAGUACCUCAUGAAACACAUUGGCUGGAAGGAUUACCUCGGCCUGCCAUUAAAUCUAUUGUUCGUGGCAACACUUUUCUACAUCGAUCAAGACAAGAUCAAGAUCACCACCACCCAGACCAGCCUGUACGUCACCAUUCGAGACUGGUGCAUAGAAAAACUGCAGGGCAGACUCACAGAUGAUCCACGAGACACAAAGACCCGCGAGGUCCACAUCUACAAGGUAUUGGAAGACCUAUAUGACGUGUCUAUGCAGGCUAUUCUAGAAGCCCGACUCAAUCUGUCAAAACAGGAAGAGCAGAAGCUAAUUUGUUCCUGUCAUGAGAAAGGAUUACCCAGCAAGGAAGUCAUCCCAGCGUUUUUCAAUCUUCAAGAAACCAGUGACAGGCUGGGGCAUCAUCAGACGUACGCAGCCCCACACAAGAGCCUACAGGAAUUCUACGGUGCAUCAGCAAUCGUCCACAAGCUGGUGGAGGGCUCACACUCAGAAAACAUACGACGCAUGCUUCACGACCCGCCGCGCCAACAGCUCCGGAACUUGAGGAACCUGCUCCAGUACGUGGCAUGUCUCUUCUGCCACCCACAAACACCACGUCGAGUUUCAGACAUACGACGCAUGCUUCACUUCCCGCCGCCAGAACAGCUCCGGAACUUGAGGAACCUGCUGCUGCACGUGGCAGGUCUCCUCUGCCACCCUAACACACCACUUUGUGCUGCAGCCAUACAAGAGGUGGUGGACCUGCUGGCGGAGACUGGUGUGGAAGACUGUGAUGAUUGGCUGUCCAUGCUGGAGGACACUGAAGUGAACAGGACUGCCUUGGAUUGUGUUGUCAGACACAUUACAAGUGAUGAGAGUGAGAUGGUAACAAUAACAGACAGCACCAUCACCAGUGCCAGGGCCCUCCUCCCCCUCAUCCCCUCCAAGGUGGUAUGGAUAAAGCUAAGCAGGAAGGAAUCAGACGUGCAGGGGCUCAUCUUUGAACACCACAAAUACACUCAGCUGCACCUGCACCACCAAUACAGGCAUCCAGACCAAGCCACUCUCUGUGACUCCUUGCUGCGUGCCAUGCCCAGGAGUCACCUUCAGUUGUUCAGGGGUCACCUAAGUGGUGCCGGCACACAGCUGCUGCAGGAGUACCGGGGCCUGGUGGUGCUCCGCCUGGCCGUGUGUGACCAAGACGCCCAAGAGGUUCUGGCCGCCAUCAGCGCCGUCCACGCGUCGCUGCCUCAGCUACGCUUCCUCUGCCUACACGUCCCCGUGGGUGCCGUGAGGACACAGGCGUGCACCACACGGCUGCCUGGCGGCCCACGGGUGUUCCUCGUGUUGUCUGGCGUGGACGAGAGGCUGCUGGAGGAGGCGGCCCAGAUAGCACAGCUCCUGCAGCCCACACAGCGCCCAUACUGCAGCAUCAGCUUCCCCGGCAGCAGCAUGAAGGCAGAUGUGUGGCGGCGCUGCCUUCACAAGCUGGCCAAUGCCGGCGUCACGGUGCGUGGUGCUGCUGCUGGUGGUAUUGUUAUUCUUGGUGGUAUUGUAGCACCGGACACCAGCCCCAUCACGGAGGAGGAGGAGAGGGAGCUGCACACCCUUGCCACCACCACGAUGUUACAUGCCUUCAAAAGACGGCCUGAAGAGAACCUGUGGUGGUAGUUCCUGUAAUCCCCGUGACGGCCAGACUCAUCGGUGCUGGAAGUGCAUCCACUCACGAGGCAAACACCUGGGCUGCAUUUAUCCUACUGCAUUGUGUGUGUACAAGUCUACAGUGUGGCGCUCUCUCUCUCUCUCUCUCUCUCUCUCUCUCUCUCUCUCUCUCUCUCUCUCUCUCUCUCUCUCUCUCUCUCUGAUGAUUCAAAUUAUAUUCCUAAGUUUGUUAGAAUUCUUAAGUCUUAAUGUAGUUUCUCUCUCUCUCUCUCUCUCUCUCUCUCUCUCUCUCUCUCUCUCUCUCUCUCUCUGAUGAUUCAAAUUAUAUUCCUAAGUUUGUUAGAAUUCUUAAGUCUUAAUGUAGUUUCUCUCUCUCUCUCUCUCUCUCUCUCUCUCUCUCUCUCUCUCUCUCUCUCUCUCUCUCUCUCUGAUGAUUCAAAUUAUAUUCUUAAGUUUCUUAGAAUUCUUAAGUCUUGAUGUAGUCUCUCUCUCCCUCUCUCUUCCUCUCUCUCUCUCUCUCUCUCUCUCUCUCUCUCUCUCUCUCUCUCUCUCUCUCUCUCUCUCUCUCUGAUGAUUCAAAUUAUAUUCCUAAGUUUGUUAGAAUUCCUAAGUCUUGACACUCUCUCUCUCUCUCUCUCUCUCUCUCUCUCUCUCUCUCUCUCUCUCUCUCUCUGAUGAUUCAAAUUAUAUUCUUAAGUUUCUUAGAAUUCUUAAGUCUUGAUGUAGUCUCUCUCUCCCUCUCUCUUCCUCUCUCUCUCUCUCUCUCUCUCUCUCUCUCUCUCUCUCUCUCUCUCUCUCUCUGAUGAUUCAAAUUAUAUUCCUAAGUUUGUUAGAAUUCCUAAGUCUUGACACUCUCUCUCUCUCUCUCUCUCUCUCUCUCUCUCUCUCUCUCUCUGAUGAUUCAAAUUAUAUUCAUAAGUUUGUUAGAAUUCUUAAGGCUUGAUGUCUCUCUCUCUCUCUCUCUCUCUCUCUCUCUCUCUCUCUCUCUCUCUCUCUCUCUCUCUCUGAUGAUUCAAAUUAUAUUCUUAAGUUUGUUAGAAUUCCUAAGUCUUGAUCUCUCUCUCUCUCUCUCUCUCUCUCUCUCUCUCUCUCUCUCUCUCUCUCUCUCUCUCUCUGAUGAUUAAAAUUAUAUUCUUAAGUUUGUUAGAAUUCUUAAGUCUUGAUGUAGUUUCUCUCUCUCUCUCUCUCUCUCUCUCUCUCUCUCUCUCUCUCUCUCUGUCCCUCUCUCUCUCUCGCUGUUUGUGUGUGUGUGUGUCCGUGGUGGUGGGUGAAGUUUGAAGUUGUGUUGGUAAGGUGGUGGCGAGUGUGAGUGUGAAGUGUCGGUGUGCAGUGUGUGUGAGAGCCAAGUGUCAGUUAGGAUCACGUUAGUACAAGGUGGGCCCAAGCAAAGUUGUGGUGCAGUUUGCAAUGAUUGUUGAUGGUGCACGUGCAGUUUUCCUCGUGGCAAAGUUCACGCCAGAAGUGAGAGAGUCAAGUCACCACAAGACAAGGCUCAGUGUUCUGUCGUGAAGUCUGCGGUGACUGCUGCUAUCACUUCCCACCUGCAGUAUAUACCUUUUAGCAAAGUUUACUUACAAGUUGUGAGUCACCACAAGCCCGGGACUCAACACUCUAUUCUUUAGUGCCUGAUGAUUCUUAAUUGUUCAUCUGCAGUUUGUGUUGCAGCAACGGUUGCGCCAAAACUAUGUUAGUGCGCGCCGAGGAUGCAAGAUGACUGAUUGUCAGUGUUGCGUGCGGUGCGUGUGUUUAGGCCAAGUGUAAGUGACGGCUGAGUUAGUGCAAGAUAAGGCUGAGUAGUGUUCUGUUCUGAAGUGUGAGGCGGUUCUUGGGGUCACUUCCCACCUGCAGUAUGUCUUGUGGCAAAGUUGAAGCUGAGAAUUAAGUUAGUACAAGCGGAGGAUUCAAGUGAUUUGGUUCACCUCACGGUGAUUCUUAAUGUUUGUUGCACCUGCUGUUUGUCUUUAGGCUAAGUUAAGUUACAACUAAGCUGAGUUACAACCACAAGCUGAGGGUGAAGGCUGCUGCUGCUGCUGCUGCUGCUGCUGCUGCAUGCAGUCUUCACCUCAACUUGGUCAGGUUGAUGCUUUCUUCAUUUCUGUGUUGAGUUACAAGUUUACUACAAGUGGUGGCAGGUUUGUCACGUUCUCGUAAGUGGAUGCACGGGUGUGAGUGUGGCGGUGGUGGUGGUGGUGGUGGUGGUGGUGGUGAGAGCCGUGCAUUCCCCAGGGAAGGGGAACGCCCGCCACGUGCAAGUGUGGCGAGGAGCUUCACCACAAACACUGUAUUCUCUGUACCACACAUGGCUGAUUCCCUCAUUAAAAGCUGUAGUACAA